UUUCUGCAAUCUUGGCACUCAAACGCUUGUCUCAGAAUAGUUCGCGCGUGCGCAGUAUUGAAAUUCCGGGUGAAAGAAAUUACGGGGUACUAAGAGGAAAGUGGAAAUUUAACUAAACUAGAAAAAAUGACGGAUUUUAAAGUUACAGAUAAGCAAUUUACAGAUGCGAAGUCAACAUUCCAUCUGUAUGUUAAAAAGGGCAGCGAGGAGGUAGCUACUAAAGAUCUCGACCAGUUAUUUAAGGCAAUGGCUUUACAUAUUGAUGAUGAAAAACUGAAAGACUGGGCUGAUGAAAUGGACGAAGAUGCAACUGGAUUGAUAACAUGGGAAAAAUUCAAAGUUUUGUUCGAGCGUAAAUUAAAGGAAGAUGAAGAAGAAAAGGAAUUAAAAGAAGCUUUCCGUGUAUUGGACAGUCAAAAGAAAGGAGUUAUUCCUGUAUCUGACUUAAGAUGGAUUUUAAAAAGUUUAGGUGAUGAUAUUACAGAAGAAGAAAUAGAUGAUAUGAUAGCAGAAACUGACACAGAUGGAAGUGGAACUGUAGAUUAUGAAGAAUUCAAAAGCUUGAUGUCUUCCGAAUGAGCAUGCGCGAUGGACACCCAGGUUAAAUAUAGCUACAAUAAAUUAUAAAUGCCAUUUCCACGAUCAUCGAGUGUUUAAAGCCAUGACUAAUUGAACUGAAGGUUGUCUGCAGAUCUUAAAAAAAAGACAUUUUGAGAUCGUGUUUUGUCAUUGAAUUUAUCUUUUGACCUCAUUGCAUUCACUUCCGGUCGCCAUAUUUUUAUAUGUGUUGUUAUUGUUGCAGGAAGUUAAUUUGGCUCGCCAAUAACCCUAAAAAAACUGACAACUAACAUUUUACUUCCGGCUCGCUUAACAUGCACUGAUUCUAGAAAUUUUGCCUGCGCUUACUAGCUGCACCUCGUUAAAAACAAAUCGCACAAUGCGCUCGCAAACUAACCAUUACUUAUACUAACACGGAUGUUCAACAUUUUUAAUUUAAACUAAUAUCCUAAACCUGUUCUUUUGUUUACAGAAUUUUAUACUUUGAUGAUGGGAUAGACUACAUGCUCCAAGAGUUAACAUUUAAGCCAUUGAUAAUUCGCUUAUGUUGGACAUUUCGGACUUUGGCUGGGAACGAGCGCUUACGAGAGCCUCAUUUUUCGUACCAUGGCGUACAUGAUAUUAAUUCUUAUACAUAAUACCAAUUCACUAUAUUUACCCCUUACCCUGGCCUCCGUUGCAUGAUAAGAAAUUUAAAUGAUUGUUACCGCCCCUGAUCUGAUGACACACCCUCUAUUUAUGCAGGUAUCUUGAUUAAAAAUAUACUAUCACGCUUAUAAUAUACAGUAAAACCUAUAUAAAACGGCCACCGGUGAACAGUAUAUAAAAACAAGUAAGCGAAAUUACUGCCCAUAGGUUGCAUGUAAAAACGGUUAGGUUUUUUUAUGUACAUUUGUAUUGUGAUCCAAGUUUUUACUGGACGGUGGUUUGUUGAAAUAGGUUUGACUGUAGACUAGUAACUAUUUUUUACCAUUACUUGUCUAGCACUAAACACAAAAGCACCAUCUGGGAAACGCAUGUCCUUUUAUCAAACCUUUGAUAAAGUUUGUUACUAAAAAUACAUAAUGUUUCGAAAAUAAGAUCAAUUUCUGUAUGACCUUUUUUUAGUUAUAAGUCAAUAAAGUAAGUAAUGCACGGUGAGUAACUACUGGUUACCAUAGCUACGUAUGUCAUAUUUUGCAACAGAAUAAGAUUUUUGUUUAUUAAUGGAUUCAUUGCAUGGUGUUGAUUAAGAACUACUAAACUUUAAAUGAGCCGUGUCACGACAAAACCAACAUAGUGGGUUUGCGACCAGCAUGGAUCCAGACCAGCCUGCGCAUCCGCGCAGUCUGAUCAGGAUCCAUGCUGUUCGCUUACCAACCCUAUUACAAAUAGAGAAACUGAUAGCGAACAGCAUGGAUCCUGAUCAGACUGCGCGGAUGCGCAGUCUGGUCUGGAUCCAUGCUGGUUUCAAACGCACUAUGUUGGUUUUGUCUUGACGCGGCUCAAAUGUGUAUUAGGUCAUAAUUGGGCUGAAUACUAUCAUAGCAUAUUAAUAAAGUAUACAUGUACUUAAUGCUGGAAUUGAAAAAGAAAAUGAAUAAAAUGUGGACAAAAAUACUGGACCGGAAAUAAUUAUGUUGAAAUAUUAACCCCAAGUUGCUCAUUUAAUAUACUAUUCAUGUUUAAAAGAAUAUUUAAAAAUUGUUAAUAACAAAAUAGGAAAAGUUUUAAAAAAAACUUUGUUUUAGUAUUUUGGCCGAUGAUGAAGCGUAUUUUUGUUAGACUUUUAAAAAAAACGUUGUUUUUCUUCUUUUUUUUGUAUUUUUCAUAUGUUUGUAUGAUUGUGAAGUUUUCCUGAUUUUUGAGCUGGUCGUUAAAGAGUUGAAAGUUUUUCCUAAUUUUAAGGCUGGUCGUAAAGAGUUUAAGGUGGCUGUUUAUUGGCUACAGAUGUUGCUUAUGUUUUGCAAUUGUUUGUGUUAAUUAAUGUAAUCGUGCCAUUCCUUCAUUUAAUAUAACAUAUGAAAAUUAAAUCUGUUAGAAAUCAAAGUGUAUUUUAAGGCAUACGAAAGAAAAAUUCUGCAAUAAUUUGAAAGAAAAAUUCUGCAAUAAUUUUUCGUGUCUUGUACUAAGAAUAAGUGGUGCAGAGACUGGGGAAAAUGUUUUAUGUAAAGAAAUAAAUUAAAGUAAAUUUAUUGUUUUAUUUUCGUCUUUCAAUUGUUAACAAAGGCAAUCAUGUUUGUUUUUAAUUUAUAUACAUUUUAAUAAGCUUAUAUUCUUAAAAAAACUGUUUUCUUCUUCAUAAAAUCCAUUUUUCAUCUUGUUCAAGGGCUCAUAAUCUUUGCCUGCUAAAUGCUAGAGUUACGACCCCUGUUGCAAGUUUUAAAGAUGGUACUAUGAAAAGCAUUGGUCCGAGAUGGCAAAACAAAUAUUUGAAAAAAUGAUAUAACUUGUAAAUACACCCAUUUAUUUCCAUAUCAUUUAAAUACAAUUAUCUUUUGAGAAAUAAACUGAUAAUUUACAUUG